AGUAUAGCUUGGCCAUCCACUUGUGACGUCAAGCAACACCGCAAACCACUCGAUCCACAUUUUAUUAGAGUGGUUUAUCCCCUGGUGUGUGUGUGAGUGAGUACCAUAGAGGAACGCAAGCCAGGAGGAAAGAUUAAAGCAGAUGAUACACGAUAUAAACUUCCAAAACCGAUUCAGAAGCAGAAGAUACACGACAUAGACUUCCAAAAAAGAGAACGUACUGUCCAUAAAGAAAAGAACUAAACGCUCACGACACCCUUAGGACUACAGCCAUGAACGCGAGAGGGACGACGUCUGGCGCCCCUGGAACGGCCCUUCGCUCCACCUACGGCUGGGUGUCCUGGGUGAGCGAUGAGGACGUCCGCAGGGUACUCACGUGGGACCUCGUGUUAAGCGCAGUGAGGCGUGCCCUCGAGGGGGUAUCCAGGGGCCCGAGCCAUCCCUUGGGCGCCGUGCAACCUUUGCGUGUUAACGUGCCCGCCGCUGGACGUGGGAACAUGCUAAUAAUGCCUGGCUUUGUGAAGGAGGAUGCAGCUCUGUCUACCAAAGUUCUCCAAGCUUUCCCCGGUUUUCAUCACUCGUACAUCCUACUUUUUCAUCCAACAGAAGGACGUCUUCAGGCAAUGGUAGAAGGAGAUGCAGUUACGGAAAUGAGAACAGCUGCUGCAUCUGCUGUAGCUACAAUGGAACUCCACCCUGUCUUGGAUGGUGAGGCACACCGUGAAAUUGUGGCUGUGCUUGGGGCUGGCAGGCAGGCGCUUGUCCAUGCACAAGUCAUGGCUCACUGCUACAAGGGUGCAAAGGUUCGAAUCUGGGCACGGAGGCCUGAAGCCGCUGAAGCUUUGGUACUGAAGUUACGGUCAGAGGGUAUUUGUGCUGAGUCAUCAACCACAGUGCAAGAGGCGGUGGGUGACGCGGAUAUCAUUAAUAUCUGUACUGGAUCUGCGACCUCAGUCCUGAAGGGGGAAUGGGUCAAGCGAGGAGCCCAUGUGAAUAGUAUCGGCGCUCUUCGUCCCGACUGCCAAGAAAUGGAUGAAGCUCUAGUCAAAAGCUCGACAGUUUAUACCGACAGCCGUGAACAAGCUUAUGCUGGAGCUGGGGAUAUCAUUAAAACUGGGGUGACCAUCGCCGCAGAAAUAGGGGAAGUACUCCUCGGCAAAUAUUCACCACCGAAAAAUUGUACGACCAUCUUCAAGUCUCUCGGACUAGGCGUGCAAGAUAGCGUUUGUGCCCGAUUGGCUUAUGAUCGUUUAUUGGCAGAGACGGAGUGAUAUUCCGAAUUGAAGAUUUGAACCACUAUGGUGUAGGUUAAUGCUACUGGAUGAUGAAUGGGUGUAGGGUAAACUAAAACUUUUGAGUAAAAGUUAACAUCAUUUUGUCUGCUGUUGGAAAUGAUAUAUUUUGUUGUAGCCUAUAUUGAGGUAUUAUAUUGUUAUGAACCAUAUUUAUUUUAGCAAUUUUUUUAAAAAUAUAAAAAUUGGCAAUAAAACCAUUAAUUUCUUUAGAAUAAUGCAAAUCAAUUGUAUCUGUCAGUUUACUACGCACACAAAAAAAGAGAGAGAUAAAAAGUGACAGAUGGUACCAUACAUUUAAUCAGUUUUGAAAAUCAAACUUAGCUCAUUAUACCAUGAUGUCAAAUGUGAUUUUAGCUGAUUAACUGUCUUUGCACAUAGAUGGCUGCAUAAAUACUUAGUCAAAAAGACGUCAAUUCCCUAUAUAACCUAUUUUCCCUUUCCUUUGAUAUCGGAAAGAUUAAUUUUUUUUUAUCUUUAGUACUAUUAGUAUUUUCAUAACAUUAUAAUAAUCAUAAUGCUAAUAAUAAUAGUAAUAGGAGUAUUGAUAAUAAUAAUAAUAAGAGUAUUGAUAAUAACAGUAUUAGGGAUGAAAAACGGAAAAAAGAAAUGGGAAAACCAGAGCCACUAAACGACUCCUUGACGGCCGAGCGCUCAUCCAGCUGUCUGUGUGACAAAAUUCCCCCAAAACUACAGUAGAAGGCAUUACGUACCCGCAUUAAAAGGGCUAAAAUGCUUCCUAAUUUUUGUAUUGUAUCUCACGUGGCAAGGCAGUGACCAAUUGUUGCUCUGUGCAAAAAAAAAAUGCAUGUGUCAGUGUCGGAAAUAAUACUUAAUGUGAUGUGUUACCAGAAGCCUAAGUAUUUGGUACCAGGGUGCUAUAAAAAAAGAAAAAAAAAAAAAAAAAAAAGAAAAAGAAGAAAAAAAAAAAAGGUACUGUAGAAGAUCAUAUACACCCUUAAAAUAAUAAUAAUAAAAAUAAUAAAGUAACAAUUCCUCAUUUAUGUUUAUUAAGUUCAUAAUGCCUGAAAUACAAUCUUCAUACUUCAAGCAGGGUAUACAUAUAAUACUGUAAUAAGGCAACAAUUUUUUAGUUCUUAUACAGAAUGGCAAUACAAAAAUGCCAUGUCCUUCUGGUCCCACGAUACCAAAGGGACCACAAAAGAUGAAGAUAAAAGAUGGAGAAAGUUGAGAUAAAAAGAGAAAAAGAAAAUCUCGGGAGGGGAAAACAUACUUUGAGAAAAUACUGAAAAUUGGAAAUUGUUAAAAAGAGAAAAAGAGAAUCUCGGGAGGGGAAAACACACUUUGAAAUACGGGAAAUAGGAAAUUCAUAAAAGGACAAAAACAAAAUCUCGGGAGGAGAAAACACUUUGACAAAUUAUGGAAAAUAGGAAAUUGAAACAUACCCCUAUGUUUCAAAUUAAAAACACUUCUUCAUUCACUGGAAUUAAUUUUAAAAAGUGGUGGUGCAUAUGCUGGAACAUACAAAAAUAAUGAAAGUAAUUUUAGUACUAAAAGCUAUGCACAACUAAUAAUGGACUUUUAUUCUUGUUUUUAAAAAGUAUUAAUAUAACACAAUUAUUUUUUUUCUGACAGUAGGUGUUUGGACACCUCUGAAGAAAAGUAUUAAAAUCUCAGAAUGUGCAAUUAAUCUCAUUUGUAAAAUCCCCAUAUGAAUAAUGUUAAAUGCGAUUAAACUGAUUCUAAGUGAAUAAAUAAUACAAUUUAUUGGGUCUUUUUGUGAAAAGUGGCCCAAAAAAACUUUGAUGAUUGUAAAUAUAUGUUCUGACCACAAA